UCACACCGACUUUAAGCUUCUCCAAUCAUCUCACCGUCUAUCGUCGCGUGGUGACUGCUGAGCAUUCGAGAAGCUCUGUGGUCGUCUCUCGAGGAUGAAGUUUGGGCACAACUUGCCUAGGAAUCAAGUCCCCGAGUGGGCAUCCUAUUACAUUAACUAUAAGGGCUUGAAGAAGCAUAUCAAGGCACUUGCCCAGGAAACCUCGUCUUCAGGACAGGUCGACCUCACUGAGUUUCUAUUCUCCCUCGACCGCAACCUCGAAGACGUAGAUGGCUUCUACAACCGAAAAUACGCCAAGUACACCCGUCGCCUGAAGCGCCUGGAAGACACCUACGAAAAACUGCCGCGUGAUGCACUCGAUAAAGAUGAAGCCGAGGAGCUCGUCCGAGCUUUGUUGGAGCUUCGAUGCCAAUUGCGAAAGCUCCAGUGGUACGGAGAAGUCAAUCGACGGGGUUUCAUUAAGAUCACGAAGAAGCUGGACAAGAAAGUGCCGAACGCUGGGACCCAACCGAGCUACAUUGCCUCGAAAGUCGACCCCAAGCCGUUUGCGUCGAAUACUUCCUUGAACACGAAUAUGAACGCGCUGAACGAAUGGCUGUCCGCUCUAUCCGGGUCCAAAGCCGGUGGCGAGACAAGUUCAACGAUGUCGUCGGGCUCGGCUCGGACGGUUUCCUCGCGCGCAAUCUCCAAUCUACCCUCUGCGCUGCUAGACAGUGUCGACCAGGCCGUACGGAACGAUGAUGCCACCACCUUAGUCGAGCUGCUCCAGGAGGCGAGUGUUGGCGAUGAUGUUGGAAGCGCCGACGAUCCACGACUGCUCUUGAAUCUAUUGCAACGAUCUAUCACUAAUCGGUCGAUGGACUGCAUCACCAGACUACUAGAGAGAACCAAAUCAUUAGACGAAGACGAGGAUAUCAAUAAACGGAAUUGCAUUCACCGGCUUAUUAUUGGCAUUGGUCGUUCGGCGAAUCGACCAUCCCCCCAGAACGAUGAACCAGGGGCUCCAACAUUGGGUGCGGGGCUGAUCACACCUGCAGAGAUGCCCAUCUUGCGGCGUACGAAAUCCGGUGGUCCGGAGAAAGACAAGCUGGACGACGACUCUUUUAAGCUCCUGGUCUUCCUGCUCGAUGGCUUAUCCGCAACACAGCACUCUGCAAUAUUGGCGAAGGAUGCAUCUGGGAGAACGCCUCUGCAUUAUGCAGCCGAACAAGGGACUGUGCAGGUCUGCCGGGAACUCCUCGACCGAAUGUUGGCUUGGAAUCUCGUCAACAAUGGUCAAGACUUUGAGGCCGAUGCGUGGCUGGACGAUGAUGGCUUUGCUCCGCUUCACCUGAGUAUCAUCAACGGCAAUCCGUUGACCGGGAAGCUGCUUGUCGAAGCCAGGUAUGGCAGCGGGAGCCAGACCACUGUUGAGAGCACUCAAACGUCACGGCACAAUACCGCAACAGCUCUUGCGCUUGCAGUAAAAGCCAAUCACGUCUCCACUAUCAAAAUACUGGUGGAAGCCGGGCUUGACUUGAACGUCCGGAAUGGCAAUGGGGAGACUAUCCUUCACGAAUGCGCGCGAUGUGGCCGAGACGAAUGUCUUAAAGUCCUGUUAGAAGGCACAGGCCCCAAGAAACUGGACCUCGAAGCUACUGAAAACACAUUUGGCUGGACACCGCUGUUCGUAGCUUGCGUGGAUGGCCACCUGGGUGCAGUCCAGGCACUUGCAGACGCUGGAGCGGAGCUGACGCGGACGGAUAUUUCUGGCUGGACCGCACAAGAGCAUGCGGCGUUGCGUGGUCAUAUCAACAUUGCGGAACUACUUAGCGAAUUGAUUCCUUCCAGCGCUUCCGUCCCGGGCACCUUCACUGGCACCGUAAGCUCGAAAGAAGACGGGCUUAGCACCCCACUGGCUCCCGGCUUAAGUAUGCUACAGCAGCCGACCAGCGCCAUCAAGACAUUCGGACAUCGAUAUUUGCGGAACCAACCGAUAGUACUGCUGAGCUUAGGAUCGCUGGAUAUGCGGAAGGCGAUCGAGCCGGUGAAGCUGGACGAAAUCUCCAUACGAGAGGCGCAUACCACGCAACUCGACACGGCGCUAUCGAUUGUGGUCUCCGCUCUCGGAGCCGAAGGCGAACCCGUUGUCAUAGAUCUUCCUGUCCAGGAGAACGUGGCCACCGACCCUAUCGCGUUUAUCACGAGCGACCUAUCGAAGGUGAAGAUUCUCUUCGACAUUAUUCCCACGUACUCGGGUUCGAAAGAGCGCGUCUUGGGCCGAGGAGUGGCCAUGCUCGAGGCUGUGAAGCCGUCCAUCGGCUCCAAGAGGAUGUCACUCCAAGGCGAUCUGAGCGUCCCCAUCAUAGCGGCACCUACCUUGAACGUCAUCGGCCAGGUGAACUUCAACUUUCUUGUGGUGACGCCGUUCUCACAUCCGAAUAUGAGCAUCACCGAAGGCCACACGUACUGGAAGACAUUGACCGCACCGAUGGUCAUCGGCCACCGAGGACUCGGCAAGAACAUUGCAGCACGGAAGAGCUUACAGCUGGGCGAGAAUACGAUCGAGUCGUUCGUCGCGGCCGCCAAUCUCGGUGCGAGCUAUGUUGAAUUCGACGUCCAACUGACCAAGGACCAUAUUCCGAUCAUUUACCAUGACUUUCUGGUCAGCGAGACUGGCAUCGAUGCGCCAGUGCAUACCUUGACCUUGGAACAAUUCCUCCAUGUCAAUGGCGGACAGUCCCAGCGAGAAUCGAGACCUCCCAAUCCAAGACAGUCGAGAAAUGACUCGGCGGGCAGUAACGGUGCCAGAUCCACAUGGAAACCCCGCUCCUUCUCCGUUGGUUCUGUGAUUGAAGAUGGUGUGCUUAUGAAUGAGCGGAUGAAGCAUACCAAAGACUUCAAGGCGCAAGGUUUCAAAGGCAACACUCGUGGAAACUUCAUCCAAGCUCCAUUUACCACGCUGGAAGAGAUGUUCCAGAGGCUGCCCGAAAAUGUGGGGUUCAAUAUCGAGAUGAAAUACCCCAUGCUGCUCGAAUCCGAGGCACACGACAUGGACACGUACGGCGUCGAACUGAACUCCUUCGUGGACACCGUCCUCAAGAAGGUCUAUGAGCUUAGUGGCGGUCGGAACAUCAUCUUCAGCUCGUUCCAUCCGGACAUUUGCAUAUUGCUCUCACUCAAGCAGCCAUCCAUUCCAGUCCUCUUCUUAACGGAUGCGGGGACCUCCCCUGUCAGCGACGUGCGAGCAAGCUCACUGCAGGAGGCGAUUCGGUUUGCGGUGCGAUGGAAUUUGCUUGGAAUUGUGACAUCAGCACGGCCUCUCGUGAUGUGCCCUAGACUUGUGAAGGUGGUAAAGGAGAGUGGGUUGGUGUGCGUCACAUACGGGUCACUGAAUAACGACCCGGAGAAUGUUAAGGCUCAAGUCCAACAUGGCAUAGAUGCGGUCAUUGUAGACAGUGUGCUUGCCAUCCGGAACGGGUUGACAGAAUCCGAGUCGACGGAGUCAUAGAUGGGGACAUUGCAAAAUGUAUUGCAAGCGAUACAAUGCAC